GGUUCGGCCUUGUUGUGGCAGUAACGCCGCAUGAAGUUGAAGUCUUGACCACUUCAGAAGAAAACAAGAAGCGACUGUGCAGCGGCAGCAGCAUGAUUGUCAACUGACACAAGUAGCUGUGCGUUGAUUGUCUUUUCAGUGGCGCGAUAAGAAAUGGAGGCUGGAGAGGAGAGCGUGGACGUGGAGGGGGCGGCGGCAGCAGCAGCAGAACCAGGCUUUUCUGGAUACCGACAGACUUCCACAAAACCGGUUUGGGCUUCGCUAGAGGAAGCGGCACAAAUGAAAACAGAAGGGAAUGCUUUGUACAGGGAGAAGAACAUUCGCUCGGCCAUUGGGCGUUAUCAUCGCGCCCUGCUGGUCCUCAGGGGCCUCGACUCUGAUGUGAUGACGUCAGUGAAAGGUUUUGGACCUGAGACACCUCCCCUCACACCUGAACAGGAGGCUGCACUGAGAAACACACAAGUGGACUGCUACAACAACUUAGCUGCCUGUUUGCUGCAGAAACAGAGUGUUGACUAUGCUCGUGUGCGGGAGUACAGCCUGCGGGUGCUGCGGUGGCGACCAGGCGACGUCAAAGCACUGUACAGGGCAGGAGUAGCCACUCUGGAGAUGGGAGAUGCACAGACCGCCAAACAGUAUCUCAGCCAGGCCUGCAGAGAGCAGCCUAAUGAUGCCAAUGUGAGGAAGCAACUGCAGAGGGCCGAGGAGAAACUGAAUCGGGAGUUGCAAAAAGAGAGGGCCAUGUACCGAGGCAUGUUUUCCUCCAACCUGAAGAGCAGCUCCGGAGAAGAGAUUAACCAAACCAACGGAGCUGGCGAGGGAGUUUAAAACCUGUCAGCUCAGCCAGCCAAGUAAAGCCUCAACCUGAGAGAGACUGUUCAAUCUCAUCUGAUCACAAAACCAACUGCAGAAUGUUCACACACCUUCAAUCUCUCGUUAUGUUACUGUGUCUCCUUUUAGGUGUUAAUGAAGGGAGCAUAGUACAGUAAGAACUGUACAUCAUACUGAAUGCUGGAAUGUGGUCAGUCGGAAAAGAUGUCGCUGCUGAAAAUAGAAAGGAGAGGACAGAAAAAUGCGUUUCCUAGCAACACGGAAACAAAGCUCAAAAAGAGCAAGAGUUUGGAUCCGCUGAAAACUAAAGUGAGACUCUUAAUGCACUACUCCAAGUUCCCAUUAUGCCUUUAUGGUUGCAGUUGUCUGGUCAGUGCUGUGAAUGUUGAUUUUGAGAGUUUUCGAAUAAAAUAUUUUUUAUAAAUAA